AUGCUGAUCGUCGACGAGGCGCUGAAAAUCAAGAACACGGAUAUUGCUAAAGAGCUCUGCCUUCCUCCCGUCAAGCUGCACUGCUCCAUGCUGGCUGAAGACGCCAUCAAGGCUGCCUUGGCUGAUUACAAGUUGAAGCAGGAUCCAAACAAAGAGGAGUCAGAGAAGAAAGCAAACAAAGCCUAA